UGCCGUAGAUUUAGUUAAAUAAACAGACGUAAGUAAACUGUUCGUGUAACGGCAACAUCUUUCAUCUAUUAUGUGGAUGUGUCAGUGCUUCAUUGCUGCUUUCAGUGUUGAGCUUUUAUUAGGAGGUACGUCCCCUUUAAGAGAACCAUGGCACCUCUCAAGUCCAGGCAGACAUUUUUCAAUGCAAGAUUUUUUCUUGCAUAAAUUAUGUUCAUGACGUAGUGCAAAAGGCCAAUUUUGUAGCAAUUUUGUCCGACUUUACAGCUCAAAUAGGAUUUUGUGAGACACCUCGAGGAUUUUUGAUUGUCUGAACUGUUGCAGAAAGGGCAUCGUCAUUAAAUAUUAAGAGAGAGGAGAUCCUAACAUUGCAACCCUCCUUAUCAAUGCAAAUACCUCUUUUGUGUGCAGUCACAGCGCCUGUCUGGGAGCUGAGAUGAAUUUUUAAUUAUGUGUGACUGAAACAAACUGUGACAAGGACCUUUAUAAGAGCGGGGGAUUACAGAAAAUAAGCUGCAUUUACGCGAAUGCCAGGAAGAAAGUGACCGUGGUGGUGCAGCAGCGAGCCAUGAACUCCCAGGAUCUCCCUGCCAAAGAUGCCCCACUCACUGUCAAUGAGCAGGUGAUUGUGAUGUCUGGCCAUGAGACUAUUCGUGUGCUAGAGGUAGAGGUCGAUGCAUCUCUGCCAUCAUCAAUACCUGAUGGGAAGAGUGAAGGCAAAGCUGAGGAGGGAGUAACUCGGGCCGCAGAGCAACCUGACGAUGGCCACGCCGUACCUCAGAACACCGGGGGAGUAGUGCCGGGUGAGCAGCAGGUGGUCUCUGUAGAGGCUCCGGCCCCUGCUAUCCAAACGCUGACUCCUGCUGUUCCCAUCAGUGUGUCCUUGCCGCAGCCCCAGGCCGCCAUGCCCAUCUCUGUACAAGGCUGUCCACAGGUGCUGACCCAGGAAAGUUUGGCCACUCUGAUGACUGGUAUGAUGGCUCAGACAGGGUCACUAGGCCAGCCCCUGCUCAUCCCCAUCAGCAUGGCGGGCUCCAUCGGCGGCCAGGGUGGUCUGGCUGUUCUCACCCUCCCUACCACCAACGUCGCCACUCUCCCUGGGCUCGCAGCAGCUAACACAGCUGGAAGCCUCCUCAAGCUGCCCUUUGCUGGCCUCCAAGCUGCAACAGUCCUGAACUCGGUCCAGCCCCAGCUACAGACAAAUGCGCAGACGGUGUUCCAGCCUCAAGCAGCUUCUUUACAGCAAGUGCAGGCUGCUAUGCAGCAGGUGACGUCUCAGCCAACACAGGUGACCAAUACACAAGUUACUGCUGCUCAGGUUGCGGCAACGCAGGCGACCCCGAUCACCACCCCCGUCUCUCAGUCCAACAUAUCUAUAGCAGCUCUUCAGACUGCAGGACUCUCCAUCAAUCCUGCCAUUAUCAAUGCGGCUUCCCUGGGAGCGCAGCCUCAGUUCCUCAGUUCCCUCACCUCCACUCCCAUCAUCACCAGUGCCAUGUCCAGCAUGGCUGGCAUCACCAGCCAGAUUAUCACAAAUGCCCAGGGGCAGGUCAUAGGAACUCUCCCACUCUUGGUGAACCCAGCCUCUCUGGCUGGAGGGGCUGCGACUCCCACCCUUCCCCUCCAGGGUCUCCAGGUCCAGACUGUCACCCCACAGCUGCUUUUCAACACCCAGGGCCAGAUCAUUGCCACUGUAGGGAACGGACCCACCACUGUCACGACUUCUGCUUCAGUUCUGCCCAAAGCUGCUGCUACUCCAACACUUUCCAAACCAAGCACGCAGGCUUCAGUAACAGCUGUCACUCAGUCACCGGUUGUCAUCGCCCCGCAGCCGUCUGUACUGAAGACCGCCACCACGCUCUCCUCCACAGUACCAAUCACCUGUGGAGAUGUGGCAAAAGUGGGCCAGCUUGUCAGCAAACCCCAACAGGUAGUCAGCAGCGAGGAGGGCAUUAAUCUCGAGGAAAUUCGAGAGUUUGCCAAGAAUUUCAAGAUCCGUCGGCUGUCCUUGGGGCUUACUCAGACACAAGUAGGGCAGGCCCUGACUGCAACUGAGGGUCCAGCCUACAGCCAGUCUGCUAUUUGCAGGUUUGAAAAGCUGGAUAUCACUCCGAAGAGCGCUCAGAAGUUGAAGCCGGUGUUGGAGAAGUGGUUGGCCGAAGCUGAGCAUUGGAACCAGAAAGGCCAGCAGAACCUGAUGGAGUUUGUUGGCGGUGAACCAUCAAAAAAACGCAAGCGGCGCACCAGUUUCACACCACAGGCAAUAGAAGUCCUUAACUCCUACUUUGAGAAGAACGCUCUGCCAACAGGCCAAGAGAUUACAGAAAUUGCAAGGGAGCUAAACUAUGACCGAGAGGUUGUACGAGUAUGGUUCUGCAACCGGCGACAGACGCUGAAAAACACAAGCAAGAUCAAUGUCUUCCAGGUCCAGUAGUGACCUAGUUCUGGCAGAGCUUGCUACAAAUCUUUUGUCCUUUUGGGAAGUUGAACUUUGAAGUCUGUCUGUAAUAUGACUUAAACUCCAUUGAGAUUUAAAGAAUAUGAGAAAAUGAAGGAAAUUACACAUAUUUCAAGCCUUAUGCAAGAGUACUGAAAUAAGUUAUUGUGUUUUAAGGCUGUAUAUGUGUUCACUACUUGUUUGUGGUGGGUACUAAGUCAAACUGCAUGGUCCUCUUAUCAUAUACAGUGAUAAUACAUUGAUAAUAACAUAAAAAAAACAUUUGUUGAACUUUUAUACAAGUGGUUUUCUAGGAUACCCCUCUGGUUUACAUUAAGUCACAUUGAUUUUAGUCACAUAAAUGUCACUUUGGCACAAUGACUGAUAUUACCCUGAUAUUUGAAUAAUAUGCUUUUGCCACCAUGGAUUUUUUUUUUGAAUAUUUGCUGCUCAUUUAUUUUAUACUCACAUGGUAUUUGUACUACAGGAGCAGCUCUCCAAAAACAAACAUAGAAUAUAUUAAAUUAAGCAGAGAUUCUGUAGGCAAUAUGUAGGCAGUAACCUCUAACCUAACCAUAUUUUAAUCAGAAUUAGUUGUCUAAGGAACAUCAGAAAUCAUGUUACCCUCCAUGGACUCCUGACUCUGCAAUAACUGUUUUGGGACAAUCAUCAUUUUGAUAUUAUUGAUAAUCACUAAGGUGAAGUUAAAGCUGUAGUCAUGUCCUCUUGUUUGGCUUUGAUACUUUGAAUGUCGUACAUUUCUUCAGCAGUGUGAAAUGUGUUCAUAGUGAGAAUCAUUUUUGACGUUCCAUGGACAAUUGGUUCUUUUUAAAAUCAAGUUGUAGUUUAGGCUAUUGCCUAUGAUGCCAGAACUGUAAACAUAUUUCAUUUUUUUUUAUAUAGUUUGUUUCAUUUGUGAGUUGCUGACACAUACUGUACAUGUGGUUACACAAAUGAUUGUGAUUUCACCACAGUCCGUCCUGUUUUUACACAUUCUGUUUAAUGUGCUUAUGAUACUCUGAGAGUAUUCUGUGUUUUUCUCGUUGUUCGUUGUUGUAACUGUUCCCUUAAUGGCCUGACAUUGCUUCUGCUGCAUUUUCACCCCAAGGCAGAUCCAGUAUAUAUUUUAAAAUAGGAGCUUAAUUGGCCCAGUCAACUUAAAAUAGUCUUGCAUUGCCUGAUACAGUAGUGCCAGAUUUUUUUUUAGAUAUCCUUAAUAAGCCUAAUAUGAAUCAAAUUGAUUAACAGAAUUACAUUUAUUUGAAUAACUGCUCAGCCAAGGAAGGGGUAUUGUGGUUUAAUGUGUCAUGACUUUUAAGUUGAAUGAGUGUGUUUGCAUGUGCAGUAUGGAGUUAUUUUCUGUAGGAACAAUAUAAUGGCAGUUAUUUUUACCUUUGGCAAUUCUUCAAGAAUUCUUUGCACUUUAGUGACAGCAGGAGGAGUAAAAGGGUUACGAAUGGUUUUGUACAGUGCAAAUUUCCAGUCAUGUUUGGGAGAGAAUUUAAUUUCUGUGUUUCAAUGUUCUUGGACAGCAAAAAGCUUUGCAAAAUGUAGCAGUACUGGCAAAAUUGCAAUCAUCAACAUGACAAGCAACAUCGAUAAUUAAGAUUAAUGUAAUUUUUAUGCAGAUGAAAUAUUAAAGCUAAUAUGCAUUAAUCACAUCUUUAAAAGAUUUUUGGUUUUGUCAGUGACACAUUGAAUGGUGCAUUUUAUGGUCCAUCUCAUAUUUGCCUUUUGAGUAGGCUUAUUUUUCAGUGGACAUACACCUAAACAAUAAUUAAUAUUGCAAAGGUCUUGCUUUAACAUGUGUUAUACUUUCAUGUUCAAUAUGGGAAGACAAUAUAUGAUAUUGUUUAAUAGUCUAUACUAAGUUAUGACUAGAGUAAAGAAGAGCUAAAUUAGAAUAAUAAGAUAUCAUUUAUUAGUCAUUUGACUCUGCAAAGCACAUACAAAGUUCAGGUCUUUGCGAGAUGGGGAGGGGGACAUAAGUUUUUGUCAUUUUUUUUGUCAAAUAAAUAAAAUAAACCCUGUCUUUAUUAA